AUGACUACCUCGCCGCCCCGUUCCGGCGGCGAAAGCGACGGCAACGGCGACAAAAGACCAAGACACUUCGACACAAAGACAAAGACCAUCUGCUGGACAAAGGCAGAUACUGUACCCGGCCGCCACCCAGAAAGGUGGCGUAAAGACGCCGCCGGUAACGUUGUCUGCAAGCGCUUCUUCAACUGCCUUGGUUGCCUCUGCUACGAGUACGAUCAUAUCAUCCCUUUUUCCAAAGGUGGUGAAUCGACCGCUGAAAAUUGCCAAAUACUUCAAUCAAGAGUUAAUAGAUUAAAAUCGGACAAAUAUCAGAUCGAUUCGGAUAAGUUGAAAGGCUACUCUUGUGAUAUUAAUUUUACUGACAGGGAGCUCGAUAUAAUUGAGAUGGCUGUUUAUGGUGAUGUAAUCCGGCCAGGAAACCAGUGUAGAUGCAGAACUGUUGAUGAAAUGCUUGGAAAAUUUAAGGCAAAAGCAAAAGACAACACAGAUGCUUGCAAGUUGCCAUAG